CUGCCCAAUCGAUAACCAAACCAAACACAAUUUCACCACUCAGCCACACACUCUCAGGUGGUCAUUUCCUGUCAAUCCGCCCUCCAGUCUGUUAGACUGACUUUAAACGGAACAAAAAGAAACUUCAAUAAAUAAAAAAAAAUAAUAAAAGAAGGAUCAAUUAGUGCGGAUUGAGGAGGAAGUUGAGGGUGUGUAAUGGGUUAACGGCGGAAGGCCUCGCCUCACCUUUAGUGCGCGUCACCCGGCUCUGUAAAGUGGUCCCACCAUCCCAGUAUCCAAAAGGGGAAAAUCACCGCCUCUCGUCGCCGCCUGACGCUCCUACUCUCCCCGGUCGCUCUCACAUCAUCCUGUCGGUCUCCGCCCCGCUGCUCCAUCUCACACAUCCAGAAGAAGACACCGAGAACUGAAGGAAUAAGAGUGGUUUACCGGAAUCAUGAAGGACCGCAUGCAAGAACUUAAACAUGGGAAGGAGACGGCAGAGGAGGAGGAUGAAGUCGCUGUGGGGAUGGAGAAAGGCUUCAUGGAUGAAUUCUUUGAACAGGUGGAGGAGAUCCGAGGUUUCAUCGAGUCUCUGGCAGAGAAAGUUGAGGAGGUAAAGAGGAAGCACAGCGCCAUCCUCGCCUCACCUAACCCCGAUGAAAAAACUAAGGCUGAGCUGGAGGAUCUUAUGGCAGACAUCAAGAAGUUGGCCAACAAAAUACGCUCCAAAUUAAAGAGUAUCCAACAAACCAUUGAGCAAGAAGAAGGCCAGAACAGGUCAUCAGCUGACCUGAGGAUACGCAAGACACAGCACUCCACACUGUCCCGGAAGUUUGUUGAGGUGAUGUCAGAGUACAACACCACCCAGUCGGACUACAGGGAGCGCUGCAAGGGACGCAUUCAGAGACAGCUGGAGAUCACUGGGAGAAACACAACAAAUGAGGAGCUGGAGAGUAUGUUGGAGAGUGACAACCCGGCUAUCUUUACCUCGGGGAUCAUUAUGGACAACAUCACCGAGCAAGCUAUGAAUGAGAUCGAGACACGGCACACUGAGAUUAUCAAGCUGGAAAACAGCAUCAGAGAGCUUCACGACAUGUUCAUGGACAUGGCCAUGCUGGUGGAGAACCAGGGUGGCCUGGUGAACAAUAUUGAGCGGAUGGUGCUGGAGUCUCUGGAUUAUGUGGGGCAGGCUAAGGAGAGCAUCCCAAAGUGCAAAAAGUUCAAAAAGACCGGCAAACGGAAGAAGAUCCUGAUAGGAGGUUGUGUUGCAGCAUGUCUGGCCGUCCUCAUUAUUUCCCUUGCAGUUGGACUCAGUUAGGUUUUUGCAUUGUGCAGUCAGUAACUGCUCACAAAAGUGCAGGCUCACUCAAAGAAUUAAAAAUUUAAAAUGUAUAUUUUUAAUUUAUGCUUUUUCUGAACUAAACAGUCAGAAAAUUUGAGGCACUAACUCAUACUUUAUGUUUGUGACUGUUGUCGUGCACAUUCUGCCGUCUGUUCAUGAGCUUGCAUGUGUUUUCUACAAGCACAAAUCUGUGUGGUUAAAAGUCAAAAUGAAUGUGCGCUUCACAUACUUACAGAUGUAUCUAACAUUGAGAACCCUGAUAAUGUUUUAUUCAUUGUUUUAAAAUUAAAAACUGUUGCUUUGUUUGUAACAUUAAAGGAAUACUUUGCCAUAAAAACAUCAAGCAGUGGUCCUAUGGGGAUUAUGCGCUGAACUAUUGCAUGGCAACCUCACAUUGAUGACAAUAUUCAAAGUCACUGCACUCAGCCAAGAAAUAGUCCAUCACAUAAACUCCAAGGAUGGAUUAUAAGAAACUGGAUACCAGACUCUAAGAUGCUACACUCUCACUUUAAUGAAAAUUGCUCUGGCUUCCAUGCUUGACACACAAAACUCAAAACGUUUUUACAUUUAGGCAGAUUUUGUUACCUUUGGACAUAGCCUAGUGUCCUUCCUACUUUGUUUAUGCUAAGCAAAGCUAAACAGCUGCUGGCUCCAGGUUCGUAUUUACUGCAUAUGAGAGUGGCAUCAUCACAUUCAACUAUCUACUGAAAGUGAACACUUCUUUUAAUUAAAAAAGACUGUUGAUUCGGGGUUUAAAUGUUAGACCCAGCUGUAUAUAAACGUGUGAUGUCAUGUUUAUAACAUUUGAUUUGGUUUAAAGUCACUGUGUGGAUUAUGGUAAAAUAAUCAAAUAUCUGUGCAGUCUAAAUAUCGCUUCAGGUUUAAAUCAGGAGGUAGCCGCAUGCAUUGACGCCUGCCACAUUAUCCUCUUUGUUGUUAUUGGCACCAUAGAUGGCGCCAAAAUUGAGGAUUCAUAUUUGACACACAGUGGCUUUAAAUAUUCAUGUUUGUGGCAUGUGUGAAUACACUGCAUGUUGUUUAAUGUGGCAUGAACAGAAUGCAGGAACCAAAGAAAGUAGAGGAGGUUACACUCCAACACCAUCAUCUGAUUUCACUAUACAUUGUCUUGUGUAUGAUAAACUUGAUUUGAUUGAUUUAAGAUACAUUCAAAUUCAAUAGUCUCUUAUUUAAAACUGCAUUGUGUUCUUCUGGUUUUCUUCUAAGCUGCAUUUUGUUCUAAUGUUUAAGUAAAGUACGAUGAUAUUUCUAACAUGUUUUCCUCCUUGCAUCCCAUUUGCUGCCUUGGACGACUUUAUCUGUUGUUGUUUAACACUGUACAGAAGAAAAUUAUGAUUAUUAUAUGCUGUGUGGUUCUGGGAAUAGUCAUUGCUUCCAUCGUUGGGGGAACGUUGGCCUAAUCCUCGACCACAGUCACACUGACAGAACACACACACAUACGCACACACACAAACAAAAGAGCAAAAACACAACACAUUCAUAUUUUCAGUUUCCUGUUUCAGGAAUGCAAUCUAUUACAUGUUUAGCGCAAGGUGCGUUACAGAGGCCGGAGGUGUUUUCGCAUGAGUUGCUAUUUUGUAAACGUGUGGUGCUGCAAACUGUUUAUCUGAGUGUUGAGUGUUGUCAACGAUAUGAUGUUUCCAAAAGUGAAUUCUUGAAUGAAAAAGUUACUAAAUGACAUGUAACACUAUACUAAUACAUUCCAACUUCCAAAUAUGACACUUAUUCAGUAGUCUUUUCUGUGUUGUACAGGCAAAGUGACAGGCCACUAAUCUGCAGUGUUUUCAAAGCCACGUUACCUAUUAGACCUAUGUUUAUUUAUCUUUUCUAGUCUUUUGACUUUCUCUCCGAUGUCCUCUACCUCCCUUCAAAAGCCCUGCAUGGUUUAGUUCACUGUAAAGUGGUGUUUGAAAGCAGACACGUUGGAUAUUUUGCUCGUAGAAUCAUCUCACUGCCAAACUUUUCAAAUGUUAUCUCUUGUAGUUCACAAAAACAACGCUACUGUACUUCACUUCAUCUGGCCUUACCAGUUGUGCAGCAUUUCUGACGUUGCUCCAGUGUUGGGUGUGAGUGCGUGAAAGAGGAUAUGUGUGUGUGUGUGUGUGUGUGUGUGUGUUAUCUGUAGCUACAUGUUUGGGCGUAAUGAGUGCCAGUCACUGGGUGAGAACAUGAGUGUUUGCUACUAGCCACCCGUGUCUUUGUUUUGUAUAAAGUGUAAACUGAUAUAAAGUUCUCUAACACUGCCAGUAUGUUCAAAUAAGCUGUUAAAAUGAAGUCUAGUCUGGUUUGAUUGAUAAUUCUGGUGUGUAAGUGACAAACCCUUGUUGUUUUAU